GGUAUUUUGGUAAAUUAAGAAAUGCCCUUAUCUCAUUUCCGAUCCUCCUUCUUGGUGCCGCCUUCGCACCCAUUCAUAAAAAAAGGAAAGACGCAAUCUUUUCUUGUCUCUUCCAUUCUUCAUAAAGCUUUCCUCUUUCACUUUCUAUUCUCUUUAAUCCGUUUAAAUCCAAUCUCAAAAUCCAAUAUUUCGAUCAAAUAAUCCACUUUUCGAUUACAAAACUCCAACAUUUUGCAGAUUUGUGUUCUAGGGUUCUAUCGUUUUUGUUUAUGAUUUGAUUCCCAUCAAGAUUCAAUCAGUUUUCUCAUAUCUCUUAUUGCUGAAUUUGAUCCAAUCAAUCGAUAAACCAAACCCAGAAGCUAUGAGAGUCCACCCAAUUCCCAGAAACCUCAACAAUACUUUGAUCCAUCAUCACCAUAACCCGACCCGAGAACCCGGAAAGAAUCUCCGGCGAUUGCCACAUAUCUUCAACCGUGUUCUGGAGCUGCCAUUGAGGUCAGAGGCAGAUGUAACAGUGGAAGAGAGACACGACUGUUUUCGAUUCGUGGCGGAGACGGUAGGUCUUUGUGACGGUGAUGGAGAAAUGAGGGCUUAUAUGGUUGAGAUUCAUCCGGGUAUAACCAAGAUCGUUGUUAGGACAAAUGGGUCGUCUUCUCUUGGUUUGUCUUUAGACGAGUUAGAGCUUGACGUGUGGCGUUUUAGGCUACCGGAAUCUACUAGGCCUGAGCUUGUUACUGUGGCUUGUGUUGAUGGAGAUUUGAUUGUUACUGUGCCUAAGAAUGCUGAAGAAGAAGAUGAUGAUGAUGGUGGUGGUGAUUUUGGACAAGGUAUGGGUAGUGGAAGGCUGGUGCUUGUUCAGUGAAUCAAGUUAUGUUCUUUAUGUAAUGAUGUUGAUGAUGAUACUCUUGAAACAUGAGAGAAGACAAAACUGUAAUCUUCCUCGUUUCGUUGAUAUUGUGUAGCCUUCUGUUUUUCUUGUUGGCAAUAAAAGAAAGAUUGAAUCUUUGAUC